AAAUGCCUACUUGGACACAAAUUCAAUCACAGCUUCGCAAUCCCAACAAUCCGGUUGUGUUUAUGGAUAUUACCGUCGGAACAGCGGAAAUUGGCCGUAUGGUGUUUGAGCUGUACGCGGACGUUGUACCAAAAACGUGUGAAAACUUUCGACAGUUCUGUACAGGGGAGUACAAAAAGGAUGGCGUCCCGAUCGGCUACAAGGGCUCGAGUUUUCACCGUGUUAUCAAAGACUUUAUGAUCCAGGGAGGAGAUUUCGUGAAUGGCGAUGGAACGGGCGUGAUGAGCAUCUACGGCAGUGCCACCUUCCCCGACGAACACUUUCUGCUAAAGCACGACGCACCCGGCCUGCUCUCGAUGGCCAACAGUGGGAAGGACACGAACGGUUGCCAGUUUUUCAUCACCUGUUCAAAGUGUAACUUCCUCGACUAUAAACACGUCGUGUUUGGGCGCGUGCUGGAUGGGCUGUUAAUUAUGCGGAAGAUCGAAAACGUUCCGACCGGACCGAACAAUAAACCAAAGCUGCCCGUAGUCAUAUCGCAGUGCGGACAGCUGUAACAGCCAUUUCACAGUGUAUGAAUGUGUAAUAAACCCAA